AGAAAACAUGGCUUGUUACACUGAGCUGAUAGAGAGAGAAAAGAAAGGUCUCAUGAGUAUACUGUCAGACAUGGUCAUCCAGAGAGAAGACAUGGAAAACAAUUGGAAGCAGAAGCUUGAGUUGGACAAACAAGAUGUCAUCAAACUGAAGGCAGAGCUGAAGCAAGACAGAGAUGAUCUGGAUACAGAGAGUGACAUGAUGAACAAAGAGAAACUGGACUUGGAGCUGAUGAGGUCUGACAUCCUGAAACAAAGAGAGAUAUUAGAACAAGAGAAAGAAGAUAUAAAAGGGGAAAGAUGCAACCUGGAAAUUACAAAGACUGAGCUACAAAAGAAGAAAGAACUUGCAGACAGUCAGCUUGAUGAGAUAAAAAGAGAGAAAGGCAACAUUAAAGAUUUGAUCCUACAGCUUCAGACAGAAAGAGACAAACUUGAGAACCAGAUGAACAUGAUUAUCUUAAAACAAGAAGAACAAGAACUCAAGGAAAACCAGUUCACACUACAAGCACAAGAACUGGAAAGCAGUAAGAACAGUGUACUGGCUGAAAGAGAGGAACUGGAACUUCUAAGGAAGGAUCUCAACAAGAAGAAAGAAGAGGUUGAAGCUGCCAUAAACACCAUCAGUGUAGAGAGAGAACAACUCAGUCUGAUGAAGAGUAGUACUGACAUGAACAGACACAUGUUGGACAAUGAAAAGGACAGAAUGGAAGGAGAAAGGUCUGAACUGAAACUAAGAGAAGAUCAACUCUUGAAUAAAAUGAAAUCUAUAGAAACUCUGAGAGGAAAUAUUCAACAGCUGAAUGAAAGGAUGAGUGAAGACAUGAAAAAGAAGAUGGAAAGAUUACAACAAAACAAUGAAGAUGUAGUAAUGCUGUACUCUGUGUUGGAACAAAAGCUUGCAGCUCUAAAUGGACAGAAAGAAAACAUGGCUUGUUACACUGAGCUGAUAGAGAGAGAAAAGAAAGGUCUCAUGAGUAUACUGUCAGACAUGGUCAUCCAGAGAGAAGACAUGGAAAACAAUUGGAAGCAGAAGCUUGAGUUGGACAAACAAGAUGUCAUCAAACUGAAGGCAGAGCUGAAGCAAGACAGAGAUGAUCUGGAUACAGAGAGUGACAUGAUGAACAAAGAGAAACUGGACUUGGAGCUGAUGAGGUCUGACAUCCUGAAACAAAGAGAGAUAUUAGAACAAGAGAAAGAAGAUAUAAAAGGGGAAAGAUGCAACCUGGAAAUUACAAAGACUGAGCUACAAAAGAAGAAAGAACUUGCAGACAGUCAGCUUGAUGAGAUAAAAAGAGAGAAAGGCAACAUUAAAGAUUUGAUCCUACAGCUUCAGACAGAAAGAGACAAACUUGAGAACCAGAUGAACAUGAUUAUCUUAAAACAAGAAGAACAAGAACUCAAGGAAAACCAGUUCACACUACAAGCACAAGAACUGGAAAGCAGUAAGAACAGUGUACUGGCUGAAAGAGAGGAACUGGAACUUCUAAGGAAGGAUCUCAACAAGAAGAAAGAAGAGGUUGAAGCUGCCAUAAACACCAUCAGUGUAGGAGAACAACUCAGUCUGAUGAAGAGUAGUACUGACAUGAACAGACACAUGUUGGACAAUGAAAAGGACAGAAUGGAAGGAGAAAGGUCUGAACUGAAACUAAGAGAAGAUCAACUCUUGAAUAAAAUGAAAUCUAUAGAAACUCUGAGAGGAAAUAUUCAACAGCUGAAUGAAAGGAUGAGUGAAGACAUGAAAAAGAAGAUGGAAAGAUUACAACAAAACAAUGAAGAUGUAGUAAUGUUGUACUCUGUGUUGGAACAAAAGCUUGCAGCUCUAAAUGGACAGAAAGAAAACAUGGCUUGUUACACUGAGCUGAUAGAGAGAGAAAAGAAAGGUCUCAUGAGUAUACUGUCAGACAUGGUCAUCCAGAGAGAAGACAUGGAAAACAAUUGGAAGCAGAAGCUUGAGUUGGACAAACAAGAUGUCAUCAAACUGAAGGCAGAGCUGAAGCAAGACAGAGAUGAUCUGGAUACAGAGAGUGACAUGAUGAACAAAGAGAAACUGGACUUGGAGCUGAUGAGGUCUGACAUCCUGAAACAAAGAGAGAUAUUAGAACAAGAGAAAGAAGAUAUAAAAGGGGAAAGAUGCAACCUGGAAAUUACAAAGACUGAGCUACAAAAGAAGAAAGAACUUGCAGACAGUCAGCUUGAUGAGAUAAAAAGAGAGAAAGGCAACAUUAAAGAUUUGAUCCUACAGCUUCAGACAGAAAGAGACAAACUUGAGAACCAGAUGAACAUGAUUAUCUUAAAACAAGAAGAACAAGAACUCAAGGAAAACCAGUUCACACUACAAGCACAAGAACUGGAAAGCAGUAAGAACAGUGUACUGGCUGAAAGAGAGGAACUGGAACUUCUAAGGAAGGAUCUCAACAAGAAGAAAGAAGAGGUUGAAGCUGCCAUAAACACCAUCAGUGUAGGAGAACAACUCAGUCUGAUGAAGAGUAGUACUGACAUGAACAGACACAUGUUGGACAAUGAAAAGGACAGAAUGGAAGGAGAAAGGUCUGAACUGAAACUAAGAGAAGAUCAACUCUUGAAUAAAAUGAAAUCUAUAGAAACUCUGAGAGGAAAUAUUCAACAGCUGAAUGAAAGGAUGAGUGAAGACAUGAAAAAGAAGAUGGAAAGAUUACAACAAAACAAUGAAGAUGUAGUAAUGCUGUACUCUGUGUUGGAACAAAAGCUUGCAGCUCUAAAUGGACAGAAAGAAAACAUGGCUUGUUACACUGAGCUGAUAGAGAGAGAAAAGAAAGGUCUCAUGAGUAUACUGUCAGACAUGGUCAUCCAGAGAGAAGACAUGGAAAACAAUUGGAAGCAGAAGCUUGAGUUGGACAAACAAGAUGUCAUCAAACUGAAGGCAGAGCUGAAGCAAGACAGAGAUGAUCUGGAUACAGAGAGUGACAUGAUGAACAAAGAGAAACUGGACUUGGAGCUGAUGAGGUCUGACAUCCUGAAACAAAGAGAGAUAUUAGAACAAGAGAAAGAAGAUAUAAAAGGGGAAAGACGCAACCUGGAAAUUACAAAGACUGAGCUACAAAAGAAGAAAGAACUUGCAGACAGUCAGCUUGAUGAGAUACAAAGAGAGAAAGGCAACAUUAAAGAUUUGAUCCUACAGCUUCAGACAGAAAGAGACAAACUUGAGAACCAGAUGAACAUGAUUAUCUUAAAACAAGAAGAACAAGAACUCAAGGAAAACCAGUUCACACUACAAGCACAAGAACUGGAAAGCAGUAAGAACAGUGUACUGGCUGAAAGAGAGGAACUGGAACUUCUAAGGAAGGAUCUCAACAAGAAGAAAGAAGAGGUUGAAGCUGCCAUAAACACCAUCAGUGUAGAAAGAGAACAACUCAGUCUGAUGAAGAGUAGUACUGACAUGAACAGACACAUGUUGGACAAUGAAAAGGACAGAAUGGAAGGAGAAAGGUCUGAACUGAAACUAAGAGAAGAUCAACUCUUGAAUAAAAUGAAAUCUAUAGAAACUCUGAGAGGAAAUAUUCAACAGCUGAAUGAAAGGAUGAGUGAAGACAUGAAAAAGAAGAUGGAAAGAUUACAACAAAACAAUGAAGAUGUAGUAAUGCUGUACUCUGUGUUGGAACAAAAGCUUGCAGCUCUAAAUGGACAGAAAGAAAACAUGGCUUGUUACACUGAGCUGAUAGAGAGAGAAAAGAAAGGUCUCAUGAGUAUACUGUCAGACAUGGUCAUCCAGAGAGAAGACAUGGAAAACAAUUGGAAGCAGAAGCUUGAGUUGGACAAACAAGAUGUCAUCAAACUGAAGGCAGAGCUGAAGCAAGACAGAGAUGAUCUGGAUACAGAGAGUGACAUGAUGAACAAAGAGAAACUGGACUUGGAGCUGAUGAGGUCUGACAUCCUGAAACAAAGAGAGAUAUUAGAACAAGAGAAAGAAGAUAUAAAAGGGGAAAGAUGCAACCUGGAAAUUACAAAGACUGAGCUACAAAAGAAGAAAGAACUUGCAGACAGUCAGCUUGAUGAGAUAAAAAGAGAGAAAGGCAACAUUAAAGAUUUGAUCCUACAGCUUCAGACAGAAAGAGACAAACUUGAGAACCAGAUGAACAUGAUUAUCUUAAAACAAGAAGAACAAGAACUCAAGGAAAACCAGUUCACACUACAAGCACAAGAACUGGAAAGCAGUAAGAACAGUGUACUGGCUGAAAGAGAGGAACUGGAACUUCUAAGGAAGGAUCUCAACAAGAAGAAAGAAGAGGUUGAAGCUGCCAUAAACACCAUCAGUGUAGAGAGAGAACAACUCAGUCUGAUGAAGAGUAGUACUGACAUGAACAGACACAUGUUGGACAAUGAAAAGGACAGAAUGGAAGGAGAAAGGUCUGAACUGAAACUAAGAGAAGAUCAACUCUUGAAUAAAAUGAAAUCUAUAGAAACUCUGAGAGGAAAUAUUCAACAGCUGAAUGAAAGGAUGAGUGAAGACAUGAAAAAGAAGAUGGAAAGAUUACAACAAAACAAUGAAGAUGUAGUAAUGCUGUACUCUGUGUUGGAACAAAAGCUUGCAGCUCUAAAUGUACAGAAAGAAAACAUGGCUUGUUACACUGAGCUGAUAGAGAGAGAAAAGAAAGGUCUCAUGAGUAUGCUGUCAGACAUGGUCAUCCAGAGAGAAGACAUGGAAAACAAUUGGAAGCAGAAGCUUGAGUUGGACAAACAAGAUGUCAUCAAACUGAAGGCAGAGCUGAAGCAAGACAGAGAUGAUCUGGAUACAGAGAGUGACAUGAUGAACAAAGAGAAACUGGACUUGGAGCUGAUGAGGUCUGACAUCCUGAAACAAAGAGAGAUAUUAGAAGAAGAGAUAGAAGAUAUAAAAGGGGAAAGACGCAAGCUGGAAAUUACAAAGACUGAGCUACAAAAGAAGAAAGAACUUGCAGACAGUCAGCUUGAUGAGAUAAAAAGAGAGAAAGGCAACAUUAAAGAUUUGAUCCUACAGCUUCAGACAGAAAGAGACAAACUUGAGAACCAGAUGAACAUGAUUAUCUUAAAACAAGAAGAACAAGAACUUAAGGAAAACCAGUUCACACUACAAGCACAAGAACUGGAAAGCAGUAAGAACAGUGUACUGGCUGAAAGAGAGGAACUGGAACUUCUAAGGAAGGAUCUCAACAAGAAGAAAGAAGAGGUUGAAGCUGCCAUAAACACCAUCAGUGUAGAAAGAGAACAACUCAGUCUGAUGAAGAGUAGUACUGACAUGAACAGACACAUGUUGGACAAUGAAAAGGACAGAAUGGAAGGAGAAAGGUCUGAACUGAAACUAAGAGAAGAUCAACUCUUGAAUAAAAUGAAAUCUAUAGAAACUCUGAGAGGAAAUAUUCAACAGCUGAAUGAAAGGAUGAGUGAAGACAUGAAAAAGAAGAUGGAAAGAUUACAACAAAACAAUGAAGAUGUAGUAAUGCUGUACUCUGUGUUGGAACAAAAGCUUGCAGCUCUAAAUGGACAGAAAGAAAACAUGGCUUGUUACACUGAGCUGAUAGAGAGAGAAAAGAAAGGUCUCAUGAGUAUGCUGUCAGACAUGGUCAUCCAGAGAGAAGACAUGGAAAACAAUUGGAAGCAGAAGCUUGAGUUGGACAAACAAGAUGUCAUCAAACUGAAGGCAGAGCUGAAGCAAGACAGAGAUGAUCUGGAUACAGAGAGUGACAUGAUGAACAAAGAGAAACUGGACUUGGAGCUGAUGAGGUCUGACAUCCUGAAACAAAGAGAGAUAUUAGAACAAGAGCAAGAAGAUAUAAAAGGGGAAAGACGCAAGCUGGAAAUUACAAAGACUGAGCUACAAAAGAAGAAAGAACUUGCAGACAGUCAGCUUGAUGAGAUAAAAAGAGAGAAAGGCAACAUUAAAGAUUUGAUCCUACAGCUUCAGACAGAAAGAGACAAACUUGAGAACCAGAUGAACAUGAUUAUCUUAAAACAAGAAGAACAAGAACUCAAGGAAAACCAGUUCACACUACAAGCACAAGAACUGGAAAGCAGUAAGAACAGUGUACUGGCUGAAAGAGAGGAACUGGAACUUCUAAGGAAGGAUCUCAACAAGAAGAAAGAAGAGGUUGAAGCUGCCAUAAACACCAUCAGUGUAGAAAGAGAACAACUCAGUCUGAUGAAGAGUAGUACUGACAUGAACAGACACAUGUUGGACAAUGAAAAGGACAGAAUGGAAGGAGAAAGGUCUGAACUGAAACUAAGAGAAGAUCAACUCUUGAAUAAAAUGAAAUCUAUAGAAACUCUGAGAGGAAAUAUUCAACAGCUGAAUGAAAGGAUGAGUGAAGACAUGAAAAAGAAGAUGGAAAGAUUACAACAAAACAAUGAAGAUGUAGUAAUGCUGUACUCUGUGUUGGAACAAAAGCUUGCAGCUCUAAAUGGACAGAAAGAAAACAUGGCUUGUUACACUGAGCUGAUAGAGAGAGAAAAGAAAGGUCUCAAUGAGUAUACUGUCAGACAUGGUCAUCCAGAGAGAAGACAUGGAAAACAAAUGGAAGCAGAAGUUUGAGUUGGACAAACAAGAUGUCAUCAAACAGAAGGCAGAGCUGAAGCAAGACAGAGAUGAUCUGGAUACAGAGAGUGACAUGAUGAACAAA